AUGACAGGAGAAGAGGCGGCACUACAAAUGCUUUUGUCAUGUCGAUCAAGUCGCCCCUAUUCGGAUUACGAAAGAAUGACUUUGCUGACAAUAUACGAGCUAAGUUACCGCGAGCCAGCUGUCAAAAUUUUGGCUGUGAUGCUGCUUCGAGAGGCGUAUUGCCUUGCCUUCCUCUUCGGUCAGACAGCGAAGCUUAACUGUGCUAUGGCAAGCAUCGAUGAGAGGACGGAGUAUGCUGACAUGUGUCUGCAGCUCGUCAAGCGUAAUCCGUUACGCUCACAAUUUCGAAGCAGAGAAGAGAAAUUUGUCGUGGGAAACAUCAAACAUUCAUGUGUACCUGUACCAGUGACGGAAGUUAUAUCAUGUGAUCCAGUUCCAGUAGCGAAAAAUUACGUGCAGUCAAUUGAGUGCAAACUGAAGCAGUUCGUUUGCAUUGAGGGUAAGACCACAAACAAGAUUCCACCACUGCCGCUAAACACAGGGACUGCGAAUGCUAUGAGCAAAGAAAUGCUGGAUGAUCUCCAAGUCAGCUGGAAGACAUAUAACUCGCGACGUAAAUUUAAGCUUAAGGCUACCCCCAAAGCAUUGCGUUUAGCCUUUACCAAGCUACUAGGAGGGGUGUCUUCAAAACGGGUCAUGAUGGAAGAGUACCUGAAUGAUUCUUAUAUCAAGUCAUUGAGCAACAGAAGGGACCAGCUUCUGCUUCUUGGUAAUUUCUUGCCAAUACUCACUGUGAUGGAUCUCGUUCAGUGUUCUUUUGACGAAGAAACGCUGCGUGCGUUGGCGCCAAAGCUAAGUGAGAGGGCACGACAAAAAUUUAGAGCAGGGAUUCAUCGAUACAUGGAGCUGUGUGUACUAGAAGAUAAGGUGGAGCGUCUUAUUUGGAAAGCAAAGCGCAGUAGCGAGUUGUCGGAUGCUCAAAUGGUUGAAGAACUAUUAAAUCACCGGCAAUGGCACUCGAAAACAUUUCCGUAUUGGUUGGCAUUCGAAGUAGAAGGAAGACUUCAGAUACGACACGAACAGUAUGUGAUUGCCCAGCAUCUUAUCAACAGACCGGGAACUGUCUGUCAGCUGAAUAUGGGCCGGGGUAAGACUCGAGUGAUACUACCAAUGUUAUUUCUGUAUUACACGCGGAAUCUAUGUUCCAAAGUUGUUCGUGCUCACUUUUUGAGUCCUCUAUUAAGCGAAGCGCGGCAGUUUAUGCAUCGCUACUUGUCGGCAUCAAGUGUUCGCUUGAGUAUCUUUGAGCAGCCGUUCCACCGACAAAUUGACUUGGAUGCGCGCCGACUUGAGAUUAUUCGUGACUGUUUGCACAAAUUGAAACUUAGUGGUGGUAUCCAAAUUGUCGCUCCUGAGCAUCGGAUGUCACUGGAGCUUAAGCGUUUGGAGCUUGGAAGUGAUGAUUGCAUUGUUGACACAUUGGACGAAAUUCUUGACAAUGAUCAGUUUCUAAAUGUCUUAGAUGAGUGUGAUGCUCUUUUGCACCACAAGUAUCACUUAGUGUAUGCUGUUGGAACAUCCAUACCGUUAUGUAGUGGCAUAGAACGGUGGAAAGCUGCGGAAGCGUUAUUACACGUUGUGUCAGACCAAUCCCUCGAAUCUCGCGUUGCACGGGUGCUGCGUACUGCGCAUGUUUCUUCAUUUGCACCGGAUUAUUCGACACGUUUAGGAGCUUAUAAUGGCACCCGACUUACGACGGUUGUGGAAAGCACAGCAGCACAGCGAGAAGAGCUCAAAAAAGCUUUAGUUUUAGAACUUAUUGAUCAUGCUCCUUUCGAAUUGAUGUGGCUUAGUUUUUUUGGAUCGACCAGUGCACGGAAUUCACUUAUUCGGGCGAUAGUCCAGUCUACUGUUAGUUUGAAGGAGGCGCUUGAUAUCCAUUUUGAUAAUCUCGCUCCCCAUUUUGCGGAAUUGCUUGCAUUGCGUGGUUUGGUGGCAUAUGGGGUUUUGGAACAUUGUCUGGAGAAACGCUAUCGUGUAAAUUUUGGCCUUCCAAAUCCAGGCACGCGAUCGCGAAAAAUUGCUAUACCUUAUCGUGCCGCGGAUGUGCCUUCGGAUAGAUCCGAGUUUAGUCAUCCCGACGUUUGCAUUGUACUGACAUUGCUAGGAUAUUAUCACCGAGGAUUGACGAGUGAGGAAGUUCGGAGCACUUUUCAGAUGCUGCUACGCUUGGAUAUCUCGGAGCAGCAGUAUUUUUAUAAUCGGUGGUUCCAAUCUGUUGAGUCAGGAUUAAGUCAAAGCGAUCAGAAGGCCUUGGGCGACGUCUGCCACAUUAGUCUUGCUGACACUCAACAAUUUCAAACACUGCUCAAAACUUACAAGUUUUGUAUGGAAGCAAUCAAUUUUUUUCUAAAUACAUGUGUAUUUCCAAAGGAUACGCAUCAGUAUCCACAACGAAUGUCUCGUACAGCGUGGAACUUAGUACCAGAGAAUUUUAAUGUUGGAUUUUCGGGGACAAACGAUAAUCAACGACUUCUUCCCCUAUCAGUGACCCAGCGCGAGCCAAAUGAGCCUUCGCUGCUUGGCACAAAUGGAGAAAUGAUUGACAAGAUUUUGCGAGUUACUCAUAGUUACGACGUCAUCCGCUCCGAUCCAAAUAGCAAAUCAAUCCCUUGGCAGAGUGUACUACUUUUUGCCAUAAACAAAAAAGCACAAGCUCUGAUUGACACUGGAGCUUUACUUGCUGGUGUAUUAAAUCACGACGCGGCAAAAUUUUUACUUGAGCGGCCCGAGUUCGAUUUUGGUGGUGUAACAUACUAUGAUAGUCGCGAAGAAAAUGCUUGCUGGAUGAUUGCCGAAAAAGCUCGACGAAUCGAGGUGCCUCUUAAGAAGGCAUCCAUGCUAGAGCGGGAAACAUUCGUUAUUUUUGAUGAGGCACGCUCACGAGGUUCGGAUCUUAAGCUGCUUCCGGGCGCUUCAGCUGUGCUUACACUGGGACCCAAACUCACAAAGGAUAAACUCAUGCAAGGAGCAGGACGCAUGCGACAACUCGGAUGUAACCAGAGUUUGUGGCUUGCAAGCUUUGACGAGGUGGCGCAGAGCAUCCGUCAAAUCAGUGGCCAUAAUCCUUCUUGUCUUUCUGCAAUUGACGUUUUGAACUGGGUCAUGGAUAACACAAAAGAAGAAGCUGUUCGAGGCUUGCUUGAGUGGGGAAGUAACGGACUUCACUAUCAAAAAACUCAACUAAAUCGAGAUUACGAAAUAGUCAACGAAAAUUGGGAGCUCAAGACGUUGUACCAAGACAAAGUUCAUGUUGACAGCAUUGCACAAGUGAUCCAAUCAAAAGCUUCAUUGAACUUUCAAGAUUUGCCUGAUAUCGUCAGUCAAAUCUGUAAACGUGGUUUCGUAUACGGAUUGGAUGAUGAAAUCUGCAUAACCUGUCACACUGAUGAAUGUGAGCGCGAAUUGCAGCUCGAAGAAGAGUGUGAAGCUGACCAUAUCUUGAAGCUGCUUUGGUCAAAUCGAGCAACCGCAUGCAACUUUUGCUUUUUGAAUCUUGCAUUUGCUUGUGAAAGUCUCGAUCGGGUCGGUGUCUCAACCAUUUUUCGAGACGCCCACUUAACACUCGGUUCGGGUCUUGAUCAGAAGUUACCGCUAAUAUCUGUGAUUGCUUGCCAUAUUUACAAUGGUGAGACGUCGGUGGCGAAACAUCAGGAAGAUCAUGUGAAACACGUAUAUCGUAAAUUACUGGGUCCCUUGGUCAUGAGAGAAUCCACAUUGUGCAACUAUGUCAAAUCGCGUGGUAACUUUCACAAGUGGACAAGAUCGCUUUUGCACCAGCUAUGCUGCCGCUUGGACCUAGAACUAGGUCUAAUAUCAUCUGGUCAAGCUAAAUAA